AUGUUACGAUGCUUUCUCACGUUUCCCGAGAAUCUCGAAAUUAAUGAGAUUUCACUAGCUCUCGGUCCUACACAAUGUCGAAGCUACCAGUUUUCGCUAAAACGAAAACUUUUUAAAGUGAAACAACCUACCCCAGUUGAUCCAGUGGAAGAUGAGCUUUGUAAAAAAUGGUGGGAUAAUUAUCGAUUACAGUAUGCAGCGGUCAGGGAUCUUUUUCGGUAUGAAAUAGAUCGUCAUAAAAUGGAAGCCAUCUCUACCUCAAAAACGGAUCAUGAAUAUGAACGUAAUAGACGCCAUGAAUUGUCAGAAACUUGGAACAAAGAAACCUAUUUAGCUGCUAAAGAUAAAUUUGAAGGGCUUUUAAAAACAUUGGUUGAUAAACAAAUCUAUAGUCUCUUUGAAUUUCAAAAUAAACAAGCACAAUCCUCAGAUAACUUAAAAGCCAGCCUUGAUGCAGUUGCUAUGUUAUCUGAACAUAUGAUUACAGAAAAGAAUUUAGAUGACAAAAUUGACGAAAUCAUGAAUUCUGAUAUUGUCGAUUAUAACUUCGUGGUUGACCACAAUGGCAAUAUUGUUCGAGGAACGAAACCGUUAGAAAAUGAACUUCAUAAAGUCGAUGUAGAGGAGAUUACACAGGAUGGACCUUUGUCAGCUGUAUCGUAA